UAUUUCCCCAUGUCGUAUUUCGAUCGACCCUUCUUUGCAUAAAACUUAUCCACGGAAAAUGUUUAAGAGUAAAGUAAAAGAUAGUCAUGCCAAUGAAAUGCCCUUUACGAAAAUUUGGGCUCUAGAGAUAUUUUUUUUUAAUAGAAUAGGAAAAUCUUUGCAUAAUGCAUUUAGUGAAAAGAAUUAUGAAGAAAAAUUAAUUGACACUUUCUUUGUCUGCCUUUUUUUACACAGUUCAUUUGUUGUUAUUUCAUUAUACACAUUGUUUGUUGUUGAGUGCAAUAUGUUUUUUCUUGCAGAAUUAAUUCCUCCAUUAUUUAGUGUGUCAACAAUAGUAGUGAAGAGCGCAGCAUUGUGGCUUCAUAGACGCGAUUUAUUCACAGUUUUACGCCAUUUUUAUACAUUAUGGAACUACAAUAAAACAAAAACAGACUUACUCAAUAAAAUUAAUAAACUACUAAUAACAUCUAAAAAAUUUCGUUAUUAUUAUAUGUCUACAGUCACAAUGUGCUUCGUAGCAUAUGCAUUGCGGCCUAUAAUCAUAGUCUCUACGUACUGGGCAAGCUUAUCAGAACAAUCAAAUAGUACAUUUGACUUUCCAAUAAUUGUUUAUCCACUGCAGUAUCCUUUUGAAUAUCAAACAAUCGCUAAGUACUCGUUACUGAUAUUGUAUGAAGAGUUGGUAAAUUACUCAGCUGCCUGUUGUUUGAUAUGUGAUGCUCUUUACAUCCAACUUAUGACACAUAUCUCUAUUAACUUUCUGGUUUUGGCUGAUGACUUUAAAAAUGCAAGUCAAUGUAUUGAUAAUGACGUCAAUGAUAAUAAACAGAUUAAAAAUAUGGUGAAAUUGGUUAAUAAACAUCGUCAUAUGUUAGUAAUAUGUCAAAAAGUUGAAUCUGUCUACAAUCCUAUCGUAUUAUUUACGAUAAUAAUAAACGGACUGAAUCUAUGUUUCUCUGUCAUUGUUUUAGAUAAGGGCUUAACAUUGUGGUUUUAUAGACAUGAUCUAUUCACAAUUAUACGAGAUUUUUUAACCUUAUGGAAUUAUAAUCAAACAAAAACGAACCUAUUAAAUAAUAUUAACAACCUAAUGAAAUCCUCAAAGCGAGUGCGUUAUUAUUACAUGUUUACAGUUAUAUUAAUUGGUACAUCUUUUGGAUUGCGACCUUUAAUUAUGAUUUUUACUUGCUGUGUGAGUUCAUCAGGACAGUCAAACAGUACAUUUGAUUUUUCAGUUGUUGUUUAUCCACUUGCGUAUCCUUUCACGUAUCAAACGGUCAGUCGAUAUUCACUAUUGCUAUUGUACGAAGAAUUUGUAAAUUAUUUCGCCGUUUGUUAUGUGAUAUGCGAUGCUCUCUACAUUCAACUAAUGACACAUAUCUCUAUUAAUUUUUUGGUUUUGGCUGAUGAUUUUAGUAAUGUGAACCAAUGUAUUGAUACUGAUGACAAUGAUCACAAUAAAAUUCGACAUUUGGCAAAACUGGUCGAUAAACAUCGCCAUUUGUUAGUAAUUUGUGAAAAAGUUGAGUCCUUCUAUAGUCCUAUUGCAUUUUUUACGAUAGUAAUGAACGGACUGGAUCUAUGUUUGUGUGUCAUCGUUGUAGAUAAGGGAAUAUCAGAAGGAAAUUGGCCGAUAGUGAUAAAAAGCUUCGUCCAUGCAAUCGCACUUUUUGUACAAAUAAUAAUGUAUUGUAAUUUCUCACACACGGCGACAGAAAUGACUGCAAGUAUUAGACAGUCUAUUUAUAAUUCUGAGUGGGUCAAUAGUAGUAAAAAACUCAAAAAAAUGCUUAUGAUGAUAAUGAUGCGUGCAAGUAAAGAACAUACUUUUACAGCGUACGGUAUUCUUAUUUUAAAUCGUGAGCAAAUGGCCAAGGUCAUCCAAACGACAAUGAGCUACUUCACGCUUUUGAGGAGUUUUACAUAAUUUGGAAAUUAUUCAAUUCCAAUCUUAUGAUUUUAUGCAGCCAUCGGAACUACAGUCCCAAAUUUUAUUAUUGUUAAAAAUUAAAAUAUAUAAUAACGUAAAAAAUAAAUAUGUUAAUUGUU